GCAGCGUCGACGUUUGGUCGUCGCUUUGACGUCGUCGAGUCGAGUCGAGUCGGGUCAAGGCGUGUUUCGCGUUUCGUUUUGCACACGUAAGACCGACAACAGUUUACCGUUGCCGGGCGUGAAGUGAUUUGUUCGCGUGCAACGAGGCCGCUAUCACGAUCGUCGGUGUCCCAUGUACGAAAACGGUAACGCGUAUACGGAUUGUGCCGUGUCGUGAAGAGGUAUAACAGUGGGGUGGAGCGGCGCCGUCGUUGCGGCCGAACACGGCUCUUCGAGACUACAAGAGGUCGCAAGGCGACGCGCGCCGUCCCGACGUCGCUGAUAACGCCGGAUCUCGAUAGCCCAGUGCCCUAGACUUGUCCCAGGAUCGUAUCAAAAUCACCCUAAAAAAUGUAAUCCUCCGAGUGUCUUAACGAACAUUCAUUAUGUUGCUUCGUACUAUAAACUUUCGAGUGACUUGAUCAAAUAGUCCUUUUUUUGAUUAACCCUUAUCCUAGCCACCUAAUUUAGAUAACCCAUUAAAUUCGUUCCUAAGAAAUUUGGAAUAUUUUGAAAAAACAAUUUCAAGUAAUUAUAAUAAUAAGAUCGUUCAGAUGUAUAAGAUCGUUUAGAUAAAGGGUUAAGGAAAAAUCGAGGGUCCCCAAGCGUAGGGGUUCCUCUCGUGGAAGCUGCCAGCUGGUCCGUGCAUGCGUCCGGCACUGUCGGUCGGUGGUGACGAAGGGGCUGAUGUCAGUGCGGCCACUCGGCGCCCGUUUCGUGGCUCGGAUGCGCGAACGCGACACCCGCAUCGUCCUCGUCCCGCGAGUGAAGCUCCCGGCUGAGCCAGAGGCGGCAGUAGCAACGGCCGAUGACGGUGAUGGUCAGCCGCGAAACAGUGGUGAUUGCUGCUGACUGGUGCACGAUCCUAGGCAAUCUGUGUGUCGCGUACGGUGCUUUGCCAGUCGCUAGGUUGGCUCUGGGGGUGCAGCUUGGGGAAUAAUGCGCGUUAGGCAGGUUACACGGCUCAGAGGACGACAGGACGACACGAAGGACCCGAGCAGCCAGACGCAGCUGCACCUGCAGCUACGCAAUUAUGUACGCGUACGGUUUCGAGAUCACGUAGUGGCUGCCGUGUAAUUAUGUUGUCAUCGACGCGCGGCGCGCCCUGUGGAGCUUCACGGUGAAAAUCUGGCGUGAGCGGUGCCGCGGUGGAACGGGGAACAUGGCGUCGGGCUCGGCCGAGACUCUAUCCAGCCAUGGGCACAGCUUCAGCAAGAAAUCGUUUCACAAGCCGACGUACUGCCAUAGCUGCACUGACAUGCUGUGGGGCCUUAUACAGCUGGGGAACAUCUGCGAAGUUUGCAACUUCGUGGUGCAUGACCGCUGUCUUAAGACCGUCGUGUCUCCCUGCUCCAGCAUCGCGGCAAGCCUCAUUAAGAACCCGGUUGCACACUGUUGGUCCGAACCGGUAACUCGUAGAAGGAAAUUCUGCAAUGUCUGUCGUAAACGGCUUGAUGAUAAUCCAUCCGUACAUUGUGAAAUAUGCAGGUACUUCGUGCACACGGAUUGCCAGAACUUUGCCGUGCCAGAUUGCAAGGAGAACGCCACGUAUUUACCUGGAAAGGACUUGGCACAGGUAAAACACACCCAUCACUGGCGAGAAGGCAAUCUUCCCAGCAGUUCGAAAUGCGCUGUCUGCAAGAAAAACUGUUUCACUGCCGAGUGCCUUUCCGGGUUUCGUUGCGAGUGGUGCGGCAUGACGUUGCACUCUUACUGUCACAAAAAUAUCCCGCAAGAAUGCACGUUUGGGAUUUUGGAACCGAUCUACCUGCCACCGCAUGCAAUCAGUAUUCCACGUACAGAGGUUCCCAUGGAGGCCAUCAUCGGAGUGCAAGUACGUCGAAAAGAAGUUCUGGCGCGUGAGUAUUCCUGCCAUAACAUCGGAGAGCAAUUCGAUUUCGCUGAGAGUGAACAAAUUGGGGCUGCAGGCCGCCUAGCCGAAGCUUUGAGGCGCCUUUCACUAGUUUUGCCACGUAGCUGCCAUGGAAAUUGUCAUGCUUCCCCUCCUUAUGUUCGAGCACGAAGCAUAUCGGAAGAGUUCAGCAGCGGGGACGCAAGGUAUCGUGAUAACGGUGAACCAGGAUCAGGUGUUGCCUGUAGUCGCGAUCCACGUUCUCGAAAGGAGAAAGAAGAUAAAGAAAGAGGUGACGAAGAGAUGAUCAAGGUAUACGACGGCAACAAUUCCCUUAGACGACGAAUAUUUCGCGUGAUCACGGUGUCACGGCAAGCAACCACCGAACAGGUCCUCACGUCAGCGCUUCGUGCAUUUCACAUUACGAAAGAUCCUAGCAACUUUUACCUCACCGACCUGUAUGCUACGGAUGAAACCGAAUUAUGCGAUCCAACUCCGGUUCUAAACUUGAAUUCCAAAGAGGGCAAAUGUCCGGCUGUCUUCUUACGAUUCAAGGAUAGCGAAAACGGAGAAGUACGUGUCUACCCAGGCAAACUACAGGUAUCUGAACCAUUCUGUAUAGUACCUGUCACAGAAACGACAACCGUCGCAGAUUUAAUCGAGGAAGCGCUUCAGAGAUUCGGUUUACAAAAUUUCAAAUCAGAGGACUACAGAUGCAGCGAGAUCCUUUUGGAUCGUGAUGUCACCGAAAGGGUAUUAUCUCGCGAUGAAAAGCCAUGGGAAAUCGUGAAACAGCUAGGCAAAGAUUCUAUCAGACAAAUGGAAUUGAUGCGAUUCUACCUGCAGCUGAAACAAGAUCCCCAUGGACCUAAUUUAGCUUUAUUCGUGGGUAAUCUGCCGCCAAAUCUCUCUGAAAGAAGUUAUGAAAAUAUGUUGACCGACUUCUUAGGCAAAGAGAACAAAUUCUCCUCUAUUGGUCCGAUAUAUUACGAAUACGGCUCGAUGGUGAUUAUUUAUGAAGAUUCCAACAAAGCAGUCAGAGCAUUGUACACCUUGCGAGAAUCAAAAUACGAGGACAAACACCUUUUAGUUAUGCUGUUACCGAGUAUCGAACCAAGUAUGGUACCAUCUGGCGUGCAACCAUUACUUGUCUUCGUGAACGUAAAAUCUGGUGGUUGCCAGGGUUUGCAGUUGAUCUCCAGCUUUCGUAAACUGUUGAACCCUUAUCAGGUGUUUGAUCUCGACAAUGGAGGUCCACUUCCCGGACUGUACGUUUUCCGUCACAUCAAGGACUACAAAAUCUUAGUAUGCGGUGGAGAUGGAACGGUCGGAUGGGUACUGCAAUGUUUGGACAACGUAGGUCAGGACAGCGAGUGUUCCUCACCUGCUUGCGCCAUCGUACCCUUGGGUACCGGAAACGACCUGGCACGUGUACUCUGCUGGGGCGCCGGUUACACAGGCGACGAAGAUCCUUUGAAUUUACUCCGUGACGUUAUCGAUGCGGAGAAAUCUUUGCUGGACAGAUGGACGGUAGUUUUCCAUCCCGAAGAGAAGGAGGACAAACAGACGGCUACCAAUGCAGGAGGAGCAAGCUCCACCAGCGAGGAUAAUACGCAGAUAUUCGUGAUGAAUAAUUAUUUCGGUAUCGGUCUGGACGCUGACUUGUGCUUGGACUUUCACAAUGCCAGAGAAGAGAACCCGAAUAAAUUUCGAAGCAGAUUACGCAAUAAAAGUGUCUACGUCUCGAUAGGUUUGCGGAAGAUGGUGAAACGGACACUGUGCAAAGAUCUGCAUAAAGAAAUCCGAUUGGAGGUGGACGGAAGGCUUGUCGAAUUACCUCAAGUCGAGGGAAUAAUUAUCAUGAAUAUUUUGAGUUGGGGCUCCGGGGCAAAUCCUUGGGGACCAGAUACCAGCGAGGAUCAGUUUUAUACACCGAACCAUGGGGAUGGAAUCCUAGAGGUGGUUGGUGUCACAGGUGUGAUGCAUCUGGGGCAAAUUCAAUCUGGUCUUCGUACAGGGAUGAGGAUAGCCCAGGGAGGUCAUAUAAAAAUCCAUUUGCACUCUGAUAUACCAGUACAAGUAGACGGAGAACCGUGGAUCCAGAGUCCAGGAGAUAUUGUUGUAUUAAAGUCAGCAUUGAAGGCCACGAUGCUGAAGAAGACCAAGGGUAAAAUUAAACGGCGUAACACAGAGUCCAGCAUGCAGCUGGCACUUCAGGCCGCUCCCUCGAAUUACCCGGAACCUGAAGUCUUCUGAGUGACCGAUCGUUCUCCCCCGUGCAAACGGAACGAGGAUGUCGCGUCACGAAUCAUACCGUCACGUACAAUUAACACGCGAAAGCGACACAGCUCUAGUACAACACGAAAUCGGCCUCGAAAUUCGUCUGUCUGACCACGGUCGCACGUUGUACGAACAUGAAACUCAAUGCACAAAACAGAAAUACAAUAAAAUAAAAAGAAAAUAAAAAAUACAAUUACACCCGGUCUGAUCACACGAAAAACGCAAGGGAAACUCCUCCAGGAAAAGCCAGGAUGAACAAACGAUACCUACCGAAGAAGAUGAAAGAGAAGUAGAAGAAGAAGAAGAAGAAGAAGAAAACAAACGCUCGUCUAAGGACACUUCAUUAUGAACUCAAUUAAUCUUUAAUGUCCCCUUCCGAGUUGCUAGGAAAACUAGAUCUCAUUUUUAAAUGUUAAUGAUCAUUAUAUAGCAUUGUACGUAGCUUCGAUCGAUAUUUUUUUAGUAAAAGAUAAAGAGAAAAAGAAAGGUGACGAUAAAAAGAGAACGAACGAACGAACGAACGAGUGUGUACGCGUGUGUGAGUGCGUGAAUGUGAACGAGCAAAUGAUAGCAACUACGAGAUAACGUUUUACCAAGGAAAGCAGUAUUGAAUGAAAAUUUUUCUCCUGUUUAUUCGCUUGACAUACCUGCGCGUUUACGUUGGUAUAGUUGAUUAUUUAGUCCCGGACAAGCGACGAUGGUGGACCGUAACUGUACAUGACUUUUUUCGUAUCGGUAUUGUACCGAUUCACCGGUGAGAUAUCACGGUACGAAUGCCCCCGUUAUCAAGAGUAUCGAGUACAUAAAAUUGUUAUUAAUAUAUAUAUUUAUAUAUAUACAUAUAUAUAAAUAUAUAAAAUAUUUAUGAUUGAAUAUUAAUAUAUUUACAAAUAAAACAAAGAAGAGUAAUGUAUUAGUAUUACGAUCUUAAGUUGUGAUAACUGUUGUGCGUCUGACUGCUGGGCAGUCUGGAAUUUAUAAGAGAAAACAAAUACCAGUGGCAGUCAGUCAUUUCAUAGGAUACGUGAAAAUAAAACGAACUAGAAGAAAUAAAAAACAUACAAAAAAAAAGGAAGAAAGAAACGAUGAAGAUCAGAGAACGAAUAAACGUAACAAAUAUUUGCCAAUUCGUCUGGAUCCAGAUGGAUGAAGAGGAAAUGUUAGGGACGACUUGGCAAACGUUCUCCGCUCGGUUCUAUCGAAGUUCUUCUUCUUCCACGAAGGAAACACAAUUAUUUGCCUGAGCCAAACGGUCGGCAACACAUUCCACUGUAACGUGGUCGAGAGAUAGAUGGACGCAUGUACAUUUCUAAACAAUGCCAAAGGAACUUCUAACGUGCUAACACUUUCACGCUGUUUGGACACCACUCGUGGGCCGAUUUGGAUAUUUUCUUUUUUUUUUUUUUUUUAAUGGGUGAUAGAAUCGAAGAGAGGAGGAUCGGCUACAUGGGAUCGUGGAUCGUGUUCAUAUUGGACCCUUCGUUGGCAUCGUUCGGUUAAGAGACAAUUUCGGUGCCAAACAGUUGUACAUAAUACUGUAAAUGUAGGCGUAAAACCAAAAAGAAAACACACACAGAUAUGAUGGAAAGAAUUUAUUCGUGGCGACAGAGAACGAGCCGCUGGUUUCGUUGCAUGCCGGACAUUGAGCAGAAAUAAUCAUGUCCUCCCUGAAGGCAACACGAAUUUGAUUCACGGGAAAAACGUGUCGCGUCGCGUUGCGUUUCGAUCAUCGAGGAACAUUGAUGAUGCCUUUCACGCGGGAACUCUAACACGGAAGCGCGUUCCCAGAGGAAGUCGAAGAAUGCGCGCGCAUCGCCUCCUUUCGUUCGCUUUGCAACAGAGACGCUUGUAGAAACACUACGCUACACCUGCAUCCACUUUUUAAAUAAUUGCUAGAUUUAUUUUUCGAGGGUGUCUCUCCCUGAUGCCAAGGUUCAUUUCUUAUCGAGAGACUGUCAUUUCCGGAUGGUUGAUCGGUCUCUCUCGUUAAAGAAGGUCACAACCUGCCAAUGAUGCAUGGGCUCAGUCGUUCGUGCUCGACAUCCGGUUUCAGAGCGUGGACGAUGCAUCGGCGGCAGAUUGAAAUCGCGAGUUCGUUUUUCAAUUUGAUUAAAUGGAAAUAUAUCUUUAGCAUGUCUAUCGUAAGAAUGAAUUCGAAUUAUACAGGAUAUUUCGUGACAUGUGGAGCAGAUUUUAAAACAUUGAUAAGGAUUAAUUUCUACGUAUCGAAAGAAGAAAUUUGGUUUUUAUCAUUUUCAUAGUUUAAUCUGUUAAUUAAGGAAGAUAUCUUAUGUAUUAAGUAAAAGGAUUCAUGAAUAAUCAGUCAUAACAUAUUUCGGUUAUCGCAUUUACGUGAAUUUCUUUAUCUAGCAGAUAAAAAUUAAUGAAUCAUUGAUUGAUGAGUUAAACUGCCAGCUGCACGAUAUAAAUAAAUUCUGAAGAUACCAAGAAUCUAUCAAACAGUAUAAUAAGAAAAUUAGUAAAAUCAGCUACCAUUGAAAAUAAUAAUUCAGAAACAAUAUUAAAUAUAAAGAAAUCUAAAAAUAUCACAAUUUGUGAAACAGCCUGUAUAAAUAAGAAUAGAGAUACAUAUUCGACGUGAAUAGAAUUAAUUUUUCCUUAUCAGCGAACUCGACGAACACCUUCUCCUAGGUUUCAUAUUUAUUUAUUUAUUUAUUUAUUGUAUUUGUAGACGGACUUCCUGCGAACGCGUCUCCGUAUUAUUUUCUAUCAAUUAAGAGCGAGAGAGGAUGGUAAAAGUAUACAUGGGAUCAGAUGUGACACGUUUUAGGGACGAUCUUUCGUUUCUCGUACCGUAGAACGAUGUACUGUGCGAAGAACAAAUUCGUUGUUAAUUAAUAUCGAUGUAUCACGCGUAAAAAGAAGUGGUACAAAAUCGUGCGAACGAAUUGUUGCCGAGUUUACGCGAAUAAUUUACGUUUUACCCUAAUUGUGGAUAGUUUCGACGUGCGCAACAAACGUUAUUGUAUAUCCGCGAAAGGGCGAGGUUUUUGUUUCAAUCAUGUCUUGGCGUGUAUUACGGAAAGUGUGGAAUAUUACAUAAAUUAAUGUACACAUUA